CAGGCUCUGUGGCUUUCGAAAAAAUCAUUAUUUGAAAAUCAAAAUUUUGGAAACAUCAGUUCCCCAAUGCCACUGGUUGUCCAGACCUGGUACUAACCAUUUAUCCGGCUCACUCCACCGAUGUCCAAAUUGAACUGAGUACGCCUUUACCCAAGUAGCAGUCGUCGUAUCCGUAUGCCGGAAUCCCAUCCAGAAAACAUAACCGAAAGCCAUUCCCAGCAGUCGAAUAGACAGCCCAAAGACACUCCCACUACCAGCCAGUAGGUUCGUAUGUAUGUAUGCGGUUCGGUUGGCCAACCGCAAAAUUCUUGCCAAACAAAAUAAAGAAAACAAGAGGAGAACUAACUUGGGCCAAAGCAAAGCAGAGCCAAGCGGUAACGGAAAUUGUUAACCUUUGGGGAUAUCAAACAUUUACGAUUGCGUGGCAGCGGCAGCAACAUUUAAGUUUUUAUCAGCACAAAAUAAAGUUUUGGUUUACGGAUUGUAUUCCUGUUCUCCGCUGCCCUCACCCUCAACCAUUUAUUUGGCCGAAGGCAGCCACAAGUGCCCAGGAGCCAGGAACAAGAGGAGCAGGAGUAGUAGCUGGAUCAGCGGCUGAAGGCUCGUCCCUGUUGAUUCCAGGGCACGCAGAACUUUUAUCCUUUUCAAUUUCGUUUUUCUUGGCGAGUACUUUUGAGGGAUUUAAAUUUCUGCUUGCUGCCGGGGCAACAAAGAAACAACCGUGGGAUCGGCAACAUCGACUUGCUGGCGACCAGCCGUCAUGAAAGAUAAGAAAAAAAGCCGCCGAGAUUCCCUGCCAAAUCUUGAUCAACCUGGACCAUCGAACGUUGUCAACCCCGAGGACAGCCAAUCCAAUAAGGAAAACAAGUCCCUUGUCGUAGAGGAUCAGGGUGUACCCUUUAUAUUGGUGGAUUGCUCGACCUAUACAGUUCGCUCCGAUCUGGAGUCAGCUCUUAGCCAAGUGGAGAAGGUAAGGAUGGAGAAGGUACAGAGAGAUAUAGAUGAACUCCAGUUGCCUCAGCUGGAGGAUGUAACCCCACCGCCAGAAUUGGAUAUGCCGAUUAACUUAGGUGCCAAGGCAAUGGCUAAAAUGAAAUAUGAAGAAGAUGAGCGACGCUUUAAGGAAGAUCUGCAAAAUCUUAAAAUUUCUGUGCCGGAGCGAGACCCCUUUUCUUUUGGAGAUUUGACCAAAUUCGAAAUGAGACAAAGUGAGAAUAAACUGCUUCAGCAGACCGCCACAAAUCUUGAGCAGAUUCGCUGCAAGCUGGAGCAUUUGAAGAGCUUGCAGGAUGGGAUGACGGCGCCAAAGGUCACAGUCACACCUUUAAUGCCUGAACGUCCAGUCAUUCGCCGUGAGGGCACCUUUGACGUAAAGCGUGAAGAUGACCCAAACGGAGAGAUUACCGAAGCCCUAGCACCUAAUCCAACGAUAAAUCUUCUAAGUGAAAGACGGAAGCCUAUUCCGGAUACUAAGCAGAUUAUCAACCAGAUUGGCGAUCUCCUAAUGAAACUUCAGCUCCAGCAAAAUGACAGUAAGUCUCUGGAUGAGGGAUCUUUAUAUUCUUAUAUGGUGACCAUUAAACCUGCUGGAGGAGUCUCAAAUUGCUCCGUUCAACCAAUUACAGAUCUCAAGUCCCGCGAAGAUAGGACAGCUGGCCAGGUUAAUAAUCUGAGAUUUUCACAAGCUCCGUCGAUCAACAUUUUCUCUCCUGCCAAUGGAGAUGGAACUCGGCCUGGCGUGAGCUCAAAUCUUAUCGAUGAGAGCUCCUUUCGUACGACUUCUCUUCCAGAGAUCUCAUCCACGCCGGUCAAAUCUCCUUUUUUGGGCAAAAGGCCAGGAUCUUUCCUGAAGGUUCCUACUCCAACCAGAUUUUGUCAUGGCAGAAAAAGGGAUUAACUCAGGAGCAAGGCAAAGGAUUUUAACAAAAAGAUAUUAAAUUUAGUUGAAUGACAUUCAAGGCUGACAAAAAAUAUAUAUUUUUAAUGAUUA